GUGAGUUUACGCUGCUGCAUUGAGCACUUUGACCUUGUACUACGCCCCUCCGCAGCCUCCACUAGCGCGGCGAUUAGCAGCCGCACCAUCUGCUAGUCUCAUCGGCGCCGACCUCAUGAGAUGCUCCCGAUUUACCGCCGAGUCCGCCAUCACAAGUCAUGAACAGCGGCCACCAAUGGCCCCAACAGGACGGGUACCAGCACGGCCUCCACCAAGACCAUCAGCGCACUUCGCCUCCGCCCGCCACAGCAGAUUCAUACACAAGCACCUUGCCUCCCCUCACCACAACCACCCCCAUACCGCCCGUAUCCCAAAUUCUACGAAGCUCUCCGCCCAAUAAAAAGCUAGGUCCCACGUGGUCUGUCCGCUCGUCGCCACCUUCUUCACGCUCUUCUUCUCUGUCCAAUGCUGCUCCAUUCCCUCCCAUUCAGGCUCUGCCUCCACCGAUGUCUCACCAACCGCUGCCCCAAUCGCUUUCCCCUCCGAGGACGAGCUUAGUAUCUCCUAACCCUGUCUACCCAUCUCCAAAUCGUCCCAGAUGGGCAACUCGGCCGCCUUCUCCGCAGCCACCGCCUUCCUCUCUUGACGCCAUGCUGCAAAGAGGCGCAGGUCCGCAUUCCCAGUUAUCAGCAACACGCCGUCUCAGUGCCGCGCACCCGGCGCAAACCUUUGGACUUCCUGAGCAUCCUCCUUUACAACCCUUGCAUCUGCAUGCUACAGAGGCCGACAGAGAAGGACCGUUGCCAAAGGCAAAUGCGAAUGAUGGGACAGGCUCAUCCGAACGAAUUACCACCAUCCCCCUCAGACGAGAAUCGCCAGAACCUUCGUCACAUAUGCCGCCUUUAGAUGAGCCUGUAGAGGUUUCUAGGCCACCUACCCCUCCCCUUCCACUGCCAUCACCUGCUCAUCCGCCAUCGGAUCGACCGCCAACUCCCCCCCUGCCUCCCAAUUUAGCAUCGCCUCCACCCACCGCCUCUCCCCGACCACCGACUCCACCCCUUAAUCCGCCGCCAGAAUCAGUACCUCCCGUCAAUCACCUGCACCCACCAGAUCGACCUGUUAAUAAUCCAAACAGAGUAGAGUUGGACGCCGGCACUCUCACACAAGCUUUCAGCCUUGAGAAUUAUGAUGCCGGUCGAUUCGUUUCUGCUAUUCGUGCACAGCGUCAAGCCCAUCAUCCCGCGAAUCCUCAUAAAAGGAAGUCGAAUAUAUUGGCUUCCCCGGAGUCGCAUACACCUGAAAUUAAAGGAAUCAAGUCCGUGCCAACUUCGCGGCCUCCUAAACAAAAAGCCAAGCGUAGUCGGAUACGACAAUCUCUGCCUUCACAGGACCACCCAGUUCCAGAGCGAGUCCCCUUCCCAUUACCCUCUAGACCUUUUGGAUACCCGGAAGGCGCGGUUCCCAGUGGUCUCGAUGGUCCCAGCGCUCCAAGUUCUUCGACUGCUGGUCCGGGUCCCGUUGCAUCAGGCAGCGGAGUGAGGAGAAACCGCCCGAAUUCUCUGCCUCCUGAAUCUGUUGAAGGCCUAUCCAUGGGUUCUAUCUCUGAUCAAUCGCCGGCGACCCAGACGGUCACAACACUACCUAAUGUCGGAUCGGCGCUUCCCCCUACAAUCCCUGUACACCCCCCUGUCCCGGUCGGCCGGCGUGUCCCCUUUGAUCCUCGCAUCCCAAGCGAUCCCCGUAUCCCAGCUGAACCUCGUGUCUCGUGUGACACUCUUUUUCCGGUUGAUCCUCGCAUGCCUGUUGGCUCUCGAGUCGUUACUGACUCUCGUACAUCGAUAAAACCUCGUGCGCUCUUUGCUUCUCGUGCUCCGAUCGACCCUGAUGUGCCCCUCGACCCUCGUGCACCUGUCGAUCCUCGCACUAGGCGUCCUGGGUCGCGCCCCGUUAGUCGUCAAUCAACGCCUGUUUCUGUCAUUAACGGCAAGCAGGAGGCGAUCAACCUUCCACAAGGUCCAACGUCCAUGCAUAGAAGCGAAAGUAAGGGUACUUCAGUCAUCCCCCCUAGGAAAUAUCAUGGCAACCAGCCAGCACAACAAAUUGCAUUAUCUCAUCCAGGUGUAGCUCAUGUCGCUGCCAAUAUCCAAAGCGCGUCUGCUCUUCAGUCUCUUCAAGGAAAACCCCUUAGUCAAUCCGAGGCUUUUCUUGCCGCAAGGGCAGAGAUGGAAGCCAAAAAGUUUUCGGGAGAUCCCCAUAACCAUAUCAGCAGUAACCUUUCCGGGUCGGCAGAGGGUCGGCAUAAAAGUGCCGGUAUCUCCGCCGUUGGGCACAAAGUGCAACAUGAUGCUCAGGCUGAUGACGACAACGAGCCUAAGCAUUUCAGAUUGCCAAAACAUCUGUUAUCACUUUUCAAGAUGAAUAAAGGCUUGACUGACAGUAUAAGUGAGUCGACAGCAUCGUCCGAUGCCGAGCCACCAAAGAGCGCAAUGGCAGCGACUGUUGGAUCAGCUACUGUCGAUGCUGUCACAGUCGAGCCUGCGACCGUUGAAUCAGCUACUGUCGAUGCUGUCGCGAUCGAGCCUGCGACCGUUGAAUCAGCUACUGCCGAUGCUGUCGCGAUCGAGCCUACUCCUAAAACGCAACCUAUCGACGAUGCGCCCGUCGCCGAAUCUUCGCGCCCCAGCGAUCCCAAACCAUCUUCCGUCCCAUUAUUAGAAGAGCCGCGCGAGCAGCCCAAAGUGCCGCUUCCCCUACCUUCUGGUGUCAAGUCUGAUUCUUACCCUUCUGCUGCGCGAAAGAAGCUAUUUGCAUCUGUACAUGGAAGCGAUCCCCCAGCUAGACCCUUGAAGAAACGGAAAGGGCCUGCUACCUCUCGCAAGAGGAAACAGGCACCCGUCCCACCUGAAAUCUCUCUCGCUCAUGUUCCCCCAGCCAGGACGUCCGAGCCCCGGGCACCCCGAAAGAUCAAGAAGGUUAUCAACAUCUCCUCCGGGCUCUUUCCCCCUGCUGUCAUUGAAGACAUUGAGGGGCUCCCUAAUCAAUCGACCCCUUUGUUUGACGCAUUGGACUUUGGACGACAGGAAGAAGAGCCAGAUGACCGAGAGAUGCGUGCCGACGGCGAUUCCUCUGUCGAUUCCAAAAAUCUCGUUGCAAGGCCCCGUGAUCGGAGUUCAUCUGUAUCUUCUCAGGCAACGCGACUUUUGCAGCCAUCUUUCGGGCAAGUACGGGAACCCCUCUUCCUGUCAAAAAGUCCUACGUUGUCCCCAAAUUCUCCCGCCCAAACAGUCAAAAUAGAAGUUGACAUUAAAUUUGAUGAACCGGAUCCAGCCGUAAGGGCCGAUCCAGGAGCGGGACCUUCAUCUAUUGGUUUGAGAUCUGCGCAGGUUGAUGAAAACGGUGUCAUCACUGUUAGCGAUCAGUGGCCAGAUGAGUCUAGGGCCGUCGUUGGUCCCUCUGGGGCUGAUCAGGCUGACGAACUUUUGAUGCGCUAUCAGCUGACGGUCGAUAGGGAAUCCACACCUGCUUCGCUUGAUAUUGUUCUUAGCCGCUCCAGUACAGAGGAGAGAUUUACUGAGACAUGGUCCUCUCCAGAAAUUCCUCUCGCUUCUUUGAAGUCUAAGAAUCUCCAAGCUUGGUCAUGGCGCGAUAAGUCUCAUGAUUCCUUGGACAGGUUGUCAGUUGUUUUACCUAUCAGUAAAGCAAGGAGGCGCAGGUUGAUCCAACGGGGCAUCUACAAUCCCUCUGAAGAUGAUGCCUCAGAAGACGAGCUUAAGCAUCCAGCUGGACGCGAAAAAGCUCACCGAGAGCCUCCACCAAUGGCUGCCCCACACGGAAUGGCUGACUACCAACGAUCUACACAAGCCGCCACAUCUCGGAGCUCCCUUCGAACUCUUUACACUGUUAUUCCCCGCGAGGGCUCACCGUACAACGUCCGUGUCCGAUCUCCUUCGCCACUGGCUUCCCGAUUACCUCCGGGCGUCCCUCCCGUCCCCGAAAUGUAUCAGGAUGUUCUCAACGAGACGUUGCUUGAUAGAUGCACUGCAAGGGAGUGUCGAUGGGAUGACUGCAAUGCUGUCCUCGGAAGUGAGAAUACACUAGGGAUGCACGUGCACAGGCAUCUGGCGAAUGAGGAAGGAGCGAAAGAUACGUGGAAAAUGCAGCUAGGUAUGAGCAGCUGGAUCUUUACUGGAUACAAGGGUGGUAGGAUGAAAACUGAGGCCGUCCCUAAUGAAUAUCUUUAUAAGUGCUUGUGGAGAAAGUGUGAUGAACCAUGCUUCACUACCAAGGAAAAGCUUCUACAGCACAUGUUAUCGAAGCAUGUGUCCGGUAAACUGAUCUGUCCAUAUGGCUGGUGUCGAUAUGCUUGCCCUUCGGCAAAUACCUUGGCUAGACACAUCACAAAAAUUCAUGCAAAGACAAAUGAUCGACCUCGUCCCAUGCUGCUUCCUUCCUCGCUCCGUCGACUCUCCCCGCCAACACCCCUCCCCCUUCCCAUGUCCGUUCCGUCAUACCUCCUCCAAUGUACUGCCCUUCCACGACCUUGUCGAUCCGUACGGGAAUUAAAACGCCUUCGUGAGGAGAUUAUAGACUUUUGUGCUACUCCAGAUCAUCCUGUUAUGGCAGCGUGGCAGGAAAAUGACGAUGAUGUCAAAAUGAAGCAUAUGUUGGAUGCUAGCAGCCCUGCCAAGGAGCCGAUGACAUAUAUCGAUAAUUAUGAGUAUAGUCAAGAAGACGACGCUUCUGAAUAUGAACAAGGAGGUGGUAGGACGACCUCAUCAUCUGAAGACAGCGGUGAUGGAUAGACGGAAGUAGGUGAGAUAGCUGGAAAAAUACUAUGGGGCAGGCGGUACCCAUCCUUCCGAGAUUCAGUUAGGGAACCGAAAUCGGACACAGAGUAGAUGGGAAGGAUCUUGAUGACCGUGCAGAAGGUUAAUCAAAAAAGUUUUGCGUCAUGAUUGUACUUGUGCUAAAUUGUAUCAUAUAAACUGCCCUUUAUAAUUUUGGUAUUUUACGUGAUCUCACGAGUCUUGAGAGCACUGUCAAGGAUUAGCGAAUAACUGCAUUAUAUUCAUUUGUUAGAAUCAUGUACUUAUAUAUGC